AUGGGUCACUCCGUCGGCAUCGAGACACUGCUCCUCCUCCUACUACUACUAGUCUCAUGCUUUGCCGGUGCGGUGCUUGGCCGGAAGGCCGGCGCCAUUGCCGAUCAGGAGCCCGAGAAUGCGGCGGCGGUGCCAGGGAAGUAUGCUGUGAUCUUCGACGCCGGCAGCACGGGAACACGCGUCCACGUCUUCAGGUUCGACAAGAAGAUGGAGCUCGUCGAGAUCGGGGAUGACAUCGAGGUCUUUGCCAAGACAGAACCAGGAUUGAGUUCAUAUGCCGGACGGCCCAAGGAGGCUGCCAACUCCAUGCUACCACUUCUUGAGAAGGCCAACGGCAUUGUGCCUCGGUCGCUCAUGAAGAAAACACCCGUUAAACUUGGGGCGACGGCUGGACUCAGACUUAUUGGAGAUGAUAAAGCAGAGCAAAUUCUUGAAGCGGUCAGGGAUGUUGUCCACACCAAGAGCAAAUUUCAGUACAAGCCUAGUUGGGUGAAUGUUCUCGAGGGAUCUCAAGAGGGAACUUACUUAUGGGUUGCCGUUAAUUAUCUGUUGGAUAAUCUGGGAGGAGACUACACGAAGACGGUAGGUGUGAUUGACCUUGGAGGUGGGUCUGUUCAAAUGGCAUAUGCCAUUUCUCCAGAUGCUGCUGCCACCGCUCCUGUAGUGUCUGGUGGGAAGGAUCCGUACGUUACGAAAGAGUAUCUCAAAGGAAGAGAUUACAACAUCUAUGCUCACAGCUACCUGCACUACGGUGCUCAGGCUUCUCGAGUAGAGAUCUUCAAGGAAAAGAAUGGACCAUUCAGCUAUUGUAUGAUGGCUGGAUUCAAUGGUAACUACACCUACAACGGUGAGCAGUUCGACGUCACAGCCUCACCGGAAGGAGCAGCAUACGACAAGUGCAGAGAGGAGGUCACCAAGGCACUGAACCUGAGCGCACCCUGUGCAACCAAGAACUGCACCUUCAACGGCGCGUGGAACGGCGGCAGCGGAGCCGGCCAGGACCAACUCUACGUCACCUCCAGCUUCUACUACAUGGCAGCAGACGUGGGCUUCAUCGACGACGAGGCUACCAGCGGAAAGACUACCCCUGCUGCGUUCAAGGCCGCCGCCGAGAAGAUAUGCCCAAUGAGCUUCGAGGAAGCCAAGGCCGCGUACCCAAAGUUCAGAGCCAGUGACGCGCCCUACAUCUGCAUGGACCUCAUCUACCAGUACUCCUUGCUCGUGGAUGGAUUCGGUUUGGAGCCAACGAAGGAGAUCACAGUGGUGGAGAAGGUGAAGCACGGGGAGUACUUCAUGGAAGCCGCGUGGCCUCUCGGAGAAGCUAUAGAGGCCGUCUCGCCCAGAAAGCGGCGCCAAGACUCUGGAUCUAUACAUUAG